CCAACUUUUUGAAUUGCUUAAACAAUAUGGGGCUCUCAGUUGUGUUCUUAAUUUUCUUUCUUUAUCAGCUUUCUUGUUCUUCAUCCAUAUUUCUGUGUCCCAAACAUCAAAGCAUUUCCCUUCUAAAAUUCAAGGAAACAUUUACUAUAAAUCCCUAUGCUUCUUCUAGAUGUUAUUUCCGCGGUCAGAAGCCUUAUCCAAAAAUGAGUUCAUGGAACAUGAGCAGAGAUUGUUGUUUAUGGGAUGGAGUCAUAUGCGAUGAGAUGACUGGCCAUGUCAUUGAACUUGACCUCGGCUGCAGCCGUCUUGUAGGAAAGAUUGAUGCCAAUAGCAGCCUAUUCCAACUCUCUCAUCUCCAAAGACUCAACCUUUCUUGGAAUGAAUUCCACGGUUCUCAUAUCUCGCCUGAAUUUGGAAGGUUCUUGAGCUUGACACAUCUUGAUCUUUACAACUCCAAUUUCUCAGGUCAAAUUCCUUCUGAAAUCUCUCAUCUUUCCAACUUACACUCUCUUCGUCUCUCUGGUACUGGUCGUCUACGACUCGUAGCUCACGAUUUUAAAUUGCUUCUUCAGAACUUGACUCAAUUAAGAGAACUUGAUCUUACUUUCAUAAACAUCUCUUCCACCAUUCCUCUGAAUUUUUCUUCUCAUUUAACAACUCUGAAUCUGGGAUUUUCAGGAUUGUAUGGGAUAAUACCGGAGAGUAUUUUUCAUCUUCCUAAUCUGGAAACACUUGACUUAAGUUACAACUAUAAGCUCAAUGGUUAUUUUCCAAAAACCAAAUGGAACAGCAGUGCAUCUCUCAUAUUGUUAGAUCUCAGUGGUGUGAAUUUUUCUGAUAAUUUGCCUAAGUCUAUUGGCUAUCUAACUUCGGUGCAUUCUUUGUCUCUUCCAAAUUGCAACCUUAGAGGGCCUAUUCCUGAAUCUCUUUCGAAUCUCACCUGCAUAGAGCAUUUGUACCUUCAAGAUAACUCCCUGAAUGGAACAAUACCAUCAGGGAUGUUCUCCCGUCUUCCAUCACUAAGUCGUUUACACUUGAGUAAUAACCACUUUUCUGGUGAGCUUGAGGAUUUCAAGUCCAAUUCACUAGAAGAGAUUAUUUUAGGAGGCAAUCAGCUGCAAGGUCAAAUUCCCAAGUCGGUUCAAAACCUUGAGAACCUAAAAGGGCUUGAUCUUUCCUUCAAUAAUUUUAGUGGCAAUGUGGAUAUCAGCUUGUUUUCAAACCUCAAACAACUUUUGGGUCUAAGUCUUUCAUAUAAUAAGAUAUCAUUGAUCAAUGAGAACAAAAUUAAUUUUACAUGGCCUGAAUCUCUUAAUGUGUUGCAAUUUGCUGCAUGUGAAGUGAAAGAAUUGGAGUUUCUAAGAUCCGCAAACCAGCUUUUGGUGUUGGAUCUUUCACAUAAUAAGAUUCAAGGAAGACUUCCUGAUUGGGCAUGGUCUAACUGGAUGUCAUUGAUGACUCUUGAUAUAUCCCACAACAUGUUGACAAGAGUGGAGUCAAUUCCUCUUCAGACUGUAGAUACUAUUGAUUUACGGUCCAAUUUGCUUCAAGGUUCACUACCUAUUCCACCAAUUUCCACAAGAUACUUCUUAAUAUCCCAAAAUAAUCUCACUGAAGAAAUUCCUCCAUCUAUUUGCAAUUUGACAUCACUGGUAAUGCUAGAUUUGGCGAGAAACAACUUGAAGGGAGAAAUUCCACAAUGUUUGGGUAGUAUUAGUAGCCUCGAGGUUCUGGAUAUGCACAACAACAAACUUUCUGGGAAUAUUCCAACAAUUUUUACCAAUGGAAGUUCAUUGAGAAGCCUCAACUUUCAUGGAAAUAAACUAGAGGGGAAAAUUCCCCGAUCUUUGGCCAAUUGCGAAGACUUGCAGGUUCUUGAUUUAGGAGAUAAUCAUCUCAUUGACACAUUCCCUAUGUGGUUGGGAACUCUUCCAAAGCUACAAGUUUUAAGCUUGAGAUCAAAUACAUUGCAUGGGUCCAUUCAACCUCCAAGGAUUGAAACUAUUUUUCCCGAGCUUCAAAUCAUAGAUCUCUCUUACAAUGCCUUCUCGGGAAACUUACCUACAAGUUUGUUUCAACAUCUGAAAGCCAUGAGGACAAUUGAUUCAUCAAUGGAAGCACCAAGAUAUCGUGGAGAUACAUAUUACCAAGAUUCUAUUACAGUUACAACCAAGGGAUUUAUACGUGAAAUUGUGAGAAUCUUGUAUUUGUACAUCGUUAUCGAUCUUUCAAGUAAUAAAUUUGGAGGGCAAAUUCCAAGUAUCAUGGGAGAUCUCAUUGCAGUUCACACAUUGAAUUUAUCUCAUAAUGGAUUGCAAGGUCAUAUUCCACAAUCAUUCGGAGAUUUAUCCUCAGUUGAAUCAUUGGAUCUAUCAGGAAACCAGCUUUCGGGAGAGAUACCACAACAACUAGUUUCUCUUACAUCGCUUUCAUUCUUAAAUCUCUCCCACAAUCAUCUCCAAGGAUGCAUUCCUCAAGGACCUCAAUUUCAUACUUUUGAGAGCAAUUCAUAUGAAGGCAAUGAUGGAUUACGUGGAUUUCCUGUUUCAAAAAGUUGUGGCGAUGCUCGGGUAUUAGAUACAAAUGAUACCGUAUCUGAACUAGAUGAUGAAGAAAAUGAUUCUGAAUUUCUGAGUGAUUUUUGGAAAGCUGCUCUUAUGGGCUAUGGAAGUGGACUAUGUAUUGGAUUAUCCGUAAUGUAUUUCAUGAUUUCAAGUGGAAACCCGAGAUGGCUUGCAAGAAUCAUUGUAGAGAUGGAACACAAAAUAAUGACGGGAAGGAGAAAGAAUCAGCGAAGGAAAAGGAAUUGCAGAAGAAGAAAUAUGUAACAUUUUAAUAUAUUCAAUGAAGUGUAUGCAUUUCUUGUUUCAGUGAACUGUAUAAUUUACAAAUUUAUGCAGUUUAUUGCAUCUUCUCAACAACAUCGCGUAAUUUUUCCAUUUAUCAUCUAGUGAAACAAGGUAGGAACACUUAAAUCUUCUCAUCAAUGCAUUCCUGCUGACACAACUUUGACAUCUCUGCUCUCCUGGAGCCAAAAACAGGUCAUUGUCUGUUCUAUGAAGGGAGACGGAUAUGUUUUCCGUUAA